AUAACUUCCGGCCCCAACCUCCCACUCGCCCAACCCCUGCACCCCACUCGGCCUCGCCCACACGCGCAUCCCCCAUGGCGUCCCGCGACCUCAACGAGAGCCUCCUCCCCGGCGGGGGCGGGGGCUCCGCCGCCGCCGCUGCCUCCGCCUCGCACGACGAGUACGAGGAGCGCGCCUACGACUCCGACGACAAGGUCUCCAUCUCCAUCUCGGACUCCGACGCCGAAGCCGACGACGGCGGGCCGCCGUCGCGCCCGCCCUUCUCCUGGCGGAAGCUCUGGCGCUUCACGGGCCCGGGCUUCCUCAUGUGCAUCGCGUUCCUCGACCCGGGAAACCUGGAGGGGGACCUGCAGGCGGGCGCCGCCGCGGGGUACCAGCUGCUGUGGCUGCUCCUGUGGGCGACGGUCAUGGGCGCGCUUGUGCAGCUGCUGUCCGCGCGGCUCGGGGUGGCCACGGGGAAGCACCUCGCCGAGCUCUGCCGCGAGGAGUACCCGCCCUGGGCCACGCGCGCGCUCUGGGCCAUGACCGAGCUCGCGCUCGUCGGCGCCGACAUACAGGAAGUGAUUGGCAGCGCGAUUGCCAUCAAGAUCCUGUCGGGAGGCACUGUGCCGCUCUGGGGCGGCGUCGUCAUCACCGCUCUCGAUUGCUUCAUCUUUCUCUUCCUGGAGAAUUAUGGUGUGAGAAAACUGGAAGCAUUUUUUGCUGUAUUGAUUGCAACCAUGGCUGUGUCAUUUGCGGUCAUGUUUGGUGAAACGAAGCCUAGUGGAAAGGAACUUCUCAUUGGUUUGGUGGUUCCAAAGUUGAGUUCAAAGACCAUUAAGCAGGCCGUUGGAAUUGUGGGCUGCAUCAUCAUGCCUCACAAUGUUUUCUUGCAUUCCGCCCUAGUGCAGUCCAGGAAGAUUGACACAAACAAGAAAUCCCGUGUUCAAGAAGCAGUGUACUACUACAACAUUGAGUCAAUUCUUGCACUCAUUGUGUCCUUCUUUAUUAAUAUCUGUGUCACAACGGUUUUUGCCAAAGGAUUUUAUGGGACUGAACAGGCUGGUAAUAUAGGUCUUGAGAAUGCCGGGCAGUACUUACAGGAAAAAUAUGGAACUGCAUUCUUUCCCAUCCUCUAUAUCUGGGCUAUUGGUUUGUUAGCAUCUGGACAGAGUAGCACAAUUACUGGCACAUACGCAGGCCAAUUUGUUAUGGGAGGUUUCCUUAAUCUUCGACUGAAGAAGUGGCUACGAGCAAUGAUUACUCGAAGUUUCGCCAUUAUUCCAACUAUGAUUGUGGCUCUGUUUUUUGAUACUGAAGAUCCUACGAUGGAUAUUCUGAAUGAAUCACUCAAUGUUCUUCAGUCCAUACAGAUUCCAUUUGCACUAAUACCUCUCAUCACCCUUGUUUCAAAGGAACAAGUCAUGGGAUCAUUCGUAGUUGGUCCCAUCACCAAAGUGAUUAGCUGGAUUGUUACGGUCUUUCUAAUGCUUAUCAAUGGAUAUCUUAUCGUUUCAUUCUACAUUACUGAUGUCCGGGGUGCAGUGCUUCGCUCAAGCUUGUGUGUUGUGCUGGUUGUUUACCUUGCAUUCAUCGUCUAUCUUAUCGUGCGGAAUACUUCGCUGUAUUCUCGCCUUUGCUCAUCAAUGCCAAAGAGGUCAUGAGUAUUUCAGCAUUGUCAUUCACCACCAUGAUGGACUGGGAUAGUGGAUUAUACCCGAAGAAAGCUGCUGCUCCAUGUAAAGAUUGUACCGCUGCCCAUUUGUAUUGGCUCCAGAGAAGUCUUUAUAUGCAUAUCCCUUGUAUGCUUGUAUUUAUGGGAUAUCUGGUAGUAGGCUUCUCCUUUAGGAUGGACUGAGGCACCGGGGCACUCUCAUAUUUGAGGGUACACGCAGUAGAUAGAUUUGUUAUUUCUUUCUCAUUUCUGAUUAUUAUGGUGAUGCGAAAACACUAUUGACAUAAUGGCAUUGCCUGAUUACUCAGCUGCCGCAAAUUUCCUUCUGGGACUGAGCAGAUGAAGUUUUCCGAAUGAUCUGUAAAGUUUGAUGGUGCAGUCCUGAAUUCCAGGAUCUCACCGUAUCUUCCGCUGCACCUUGAAUGGAGAUUCUUGCAAGAUAUAGUGAAGCAACUGCACUUUGUGAUCUA